UUAGCACGUCUGUAUUUUCUCCUUGCAAUUUAGUGAUAAAAAGCACAGUGAAUGUACCUUUUCACUUUUUGAAGUACACAUAACACUCGGAUUUAAAUCCGAGGUUUUCGCAUUUAUUUUUUCAUGGGAAGGAAAAAUCACCUGUGAAAUAUCACGAGAAAAUAAAACAAUAUAUAGAACGAAGGAAAGUAAAGAAGAGGAGAACGAAAGAAAAAAUCCAUCACACAUAUUGAAUAGUAUAACAUGAAUAACAAUAGAAUAACAGAAGAGAGAAGAUAACAUGCUACUACCUGACAUUUGGUAACAUAUGAUAUUUGACAUUGUACCUUAUAGUUAGACAAGCGUUUUAUCUUUCUACGGAAUGCAAUGAAAAAUUUAUCCUGCAAACCGGGCGCAGGAGAGUUCUUUGCCUUGCAAAGCAGGAUAGCUGUGUGAUAAUGUCCUGCAGGAUACAGAGUAGGACGAAAAAGAUGUCCUAUAACAUUCGCUGAUCCGAAUUACAUCAGAUGAAACAUAAAAAAAAAAUAAUUUUCUUUAGUAGGUCUCAUUAUUGUGAGAACUGUAUUUCAAUAAUUGAAUGUGGGAUAUAGAAUAGUGUAUUUUUUAUUUAAUUUUAAUUUAUUAUUAGUUAAUAGAAAGAUGGGAAAGUUAAGUUUUAUGAUUUUUUAUUGAUUUCUGCUGACGUGAUCCGAAUUACAUCAAAUGAUAUAAUUCCGAUCAUUUUCUCGAUACAAUUGGUAUUUUCGUAAAAACUGUAUAAAAAAAUGAACUUUUUUUAGAUUUUAACAUAGACUUGUAGAAAACACUUUGGGCUAUCUAUUAAUGAAAACAUCUUUUUUGUUCGAUAUAAAAUAGUUGAGUAAUGGCUGAGAUAAAUCGAUUUCUUUUAGAAGUUAUCUGAAUUACACCAGCUGAGUAUACAUGAGUUUAAGAGUUUGAAUUUCAGACGGCUACAAAAUAGCAUAAAGUUAUUAAUUAUGAUAGAGUACUCUUCGAUCGAGCAAUACUCUGCAUGAAUCAAAAGCAACAAAAAUAAAACAAAACGUGUGGUACUCAUUCUUUAUGCUGAAAAAUGAAAUAAACCUACGAAUUGUUAUCUUAUUGAAUGAUGCACAGAAAGAUGAUAUAAAGAAAUUUUCAUAAAAAAAAAAUUGUCAUUUCGUCUAUUUUUGUGCAAAAAAUAACACAUUGGAGAGCCUCUUGACAUUACUUAUAUUUGAAAAUCUUGUUCUAUGAUGAUGUAUUUAACAGGUGUAAUCAACAUACGUUAAUUAUUACUAACAUCAGCGGGACCUUCUAUAGUAAUAAUAUGUUGUCAUGAAUUUAUAAAUAGAAUUCUCUAUAAUCGAUCAAAAUUUUCGAAAGUUUAUAAAAUAAUACCUGAUAGUGAGUUCAAAGAUGUCUUUAUAUCUCUUGAUAGUAUUUUCAGAAAGGACCAAUAAUUUGGAUAUGAACAUAACUGUUCACGGGCUUUUGUUUAUUUAUUUGAUCAAUUUCCUCAUGAACCUUCUCUUGGAAUCAAUCUUUAAUGAUUGAUUAUGAAUUGACGAAAGACAGAACUAAAAAAAAAUAUAAAAAUAAAAUAUAGACAUAAAUAUUUUUAGUUUUUUAAAGCUGUCUUUUUCUCUAUAGCAUGCCUUGAUUCUUUUUGUUUUUUCCUUUCAUAAAUUUAUAUUAUUUUCGUAUAUCAACAACGAUUUUCAUCACCAUCUAUCGUCUAUCUCUUACUAUUCGCUAUUGUCUUCAUAUCAUCAAUAAUGCUCUGGUAAUUCAUUAGAAAAAAUUUUUCCUUCAUUUUUGCUAAACAAAAAUGGUCAAAACACAUAUUGGACAGUGGUUAUAUACGUUUCCUUGGUCUCAAAUUGUUAGUGGUUUUUGGCAAAAACUUCCAAAUCCUUAUACGUAUGAAGUUUUUAUUAAGCUGAUUUGAUUCAUUUGAAAAUAAUCUAUUUUAUAUAUUAGAGAUCAUGUUUCAUCCGAAGAUACAUAUUAUCGAACAGUAACUGAAGAUCAAAAAUUAAUAUCAAAAUGAUUAUUAGCUAAAAUAAAUAAACUUCCACGUUGGGGUGAACGCAUAUUUUAUUGUGGUUCAGGUUCAACUAUAGAAUUUAUUAUUGAAGAAUCCGUAUGUGAUUUAAAACAAAAAACAUUUACAACAAAUACAGUAAAUAUUAACCUUAAAUCAUUAAUGACUGUAGAAGAAACAUGUGUAUAUCGACCAGAUAAAAAUGAUGAAUCAAGAAUAAUAUGUGAAAAAAAAGUUGUUGCACAAGGAGAAUUAUUUAGUUUUAAAACACAAUUAACAAUAUUUGCUAUACAACGUUAUAAAAAAAAAUCAAGAAUAUGCAAGUCUUGGAUUAAAAUUUAUACUUCAUAA